CUAAGUUUUACUUUCUUUUUAGAAAAAAAAAAAAAACUUGCUGAGCAAGAUUUUUUGUGGAGUAAUACGUGUGACAGUAGAUGUUUCCCGGAUCAAAUAAAUUAAUAAUCAAAACCCUAACUCCUCGGCACCAGCUCUCUUGGACCAUGUCUCUCCUCCGCCGCGUAGUAAAAAAUCCGACCGUAUCAAAGGUUUCUAAGUUGUACGUACCUUACCCAGUGGGAAGAGACCCAUCGUCACUCCCAAAAAUAGAUCCAAACAGCCAUAACUGCAUUGAUAACCGCCCAAUUUCUCUGCGCUACAGAGUAUCGGCAAUGAUCGAGAUGUCUAAUCUCGACGAAGCCGCGAGUAUCUCGCGCCUGGCUGUCUCUGAAGAAUUACGUGCGAACAGAGACACUGUCUUCAUCUGCAAUUCCGUAAUCGGAGCCAUGUGCGAAGCCAAACGGUACGACGAAGCCCUCUCUAUGUUCAAUUACUUUUUCAACGAAUGUCAAACCGUUCCAAACACGCUCUCUUGCAAUCUCAUCAUGAAAGCACACUGCGACCAAGGUUGUGUCGACAAGGCUCUUGAGCUUUACCGUCACCUAGUCCUGGACGGACGCUCGUCUCCAGGGAUGGAGACUUACGUGAUACUCACGAAAGCCUUGGUUGAUGCCAAAAGACUCGACGAAGCUUGUGAUUUAGUGAGAUCCAUGGGGCGUUGUUAUUUCAUGGUCUACGACAUCCUCAUUCGCGGGUUUUUGGAUGUAGGGAGAUUCGUAGAGGCUAGCCAAAUCUUCGAGGAACUGAAAGGAUCACCUAACAACAGUAAACUCCCAUGGAGAGACUAUCACAAGGCAAUUGCACUCUUUCAGGUUUCUUUUAUUGAGUAUUGGUUCAAGCAAGGCAAAGAUGAGGAAGCUCGGGAGAUUUGGGCGGUUUUGGAUAUGGCUGAACUACUGAACCCCAUUGUUGGAAACAGGGUUUUGAAACUUCUUGUGGAGCACGGUAAGAAAACAGAGGCUUGGGAACUGUUCGAAUUGAUUAAAGGAAUCUGCGAUUCCGAGACUGUCGGCAUAAUGUUGAAGUCUUUUAGUGAAAAGACUAUUAUCCCUUUCAAAUGUGUCGGGAAGACGUGUUAUAGGACCAUCAUUGCUUGUCUCUGCGAACAAGGAAAAAUGUCCGAGGCAGAGACAUUCUUUGCUGUCAUGUGUUACGACCUUGAUAACAUAGACGACGAAUUGAUGGCGUUGGGACCUGAUGUCUCAACAUUCAGAGCAAUGAUCAAUGGAUAUGUUAAGGUUGGGAGACUCGAUGAUGCCAUGAAGAUGUUGGACAAGAUGAAGAUUUUAAAUUUAAGAAAGCUUGCUAUUCAUCGAGCCAGCUAAAAAGAAAAUUUGCAUUCCUUUUUUUUUUUAAGACAAUUAUAUUUUAUUUUAUUUAGUCAUCCUUGACUUUUCUCA